AUGAAAAACACGAAUAAUAUCUUUGUAAAAUAUAAUGGGAAAGAAGAUACACAGAUAUCAUAUUGUAAAAAUAAAAUAUUAUGUAUUGACGAAUAUGGAUUUAUUACUGAUAAAUUUGUAAAUUCUAGUGUAUCAGAACAUUCUCUUAAAAAUCAAUGGUAUGAGAAAAUUGAACAAUAUGAAGAUAAUUACAAAAAAUACUUGAAAAGUAUAAAAAUUUUAAGAUUGGUUCGUCUCGGAAUACCAUUAACCUUGAAAAAUACAAUAUGGAAGAUUUUUGUACAUAAAGAUUUUUUAUAUAACUACAAAACACUUAAAUCACAGGAAAACGAAUACGCGCACCAAAUACACGUAGACAUUCAACGCACAUUUAGAACGCACUAUCUGUUUACUAAAAAGUAUGGUCGGGGACAAUCAGAAUUAUUUAAUAUUUUAACUGCAUUUGCUAAUUUUAUGCCAUCAAUUGGCUACUGUCAGGGGAUGUCUAAUAUUGCAGGUAUAAUUUUAAUGUACUUUCCUGAAGAAGAAGCAUUCGAACUGCUAGUCAACAUUGUACAAAAAAAUAAAUUAGAAACACUUUUUGAUAAAUCACUAAGUAAAUGUAAUAAAAUCCAAUUAUUACAAAUAGAACUAUUUAAAUUAAUAAUACCUGAUGUUUUAACACAUUUAGAUGAUAAUGGUGUAGAUUUAAGUAUUUAUGCUAUUGGCUGGUACCUAACUCUUUUCACUAGAUUUAAUAUAAAAUAUGUUUUAAGGUUCUGGGAUUUAUUUUUAUAUUUAGAUUUUUCAAUAUUUUUAUUUAUUGCUGCUUCCAUUCUAAAGUUCUUUAGUAAUUUUAUUUUUAAAUUAAAAGAUGAACAGCUAGUUGAGUUUAUGGGUAAAAUAGAUACAUUUGAGAUGGAUAUAGAUGAAAUUAUUUUUAAUAGCGUUAAAUAUGCAAAAAAGUUUAAUUAUCUAAAUUAUAAAAAAAAAUUAAAUUAA